GAAAAUUUGUUGACUUUCCGCCUCAGGGGUUGACGCCCUCCUGGCCACAGCUUGAUGAGCAGUCAGAAAAUAUUAGCUUGAUGUUACGUGUUUGAAUUCCCAAAUGUGCAAUUUGUCUGGCUACCACACGCAUAAGGCAUCCAAUAUAGCCUUGUUUCUAAAUGAAGCGGCGUUGAAGCGUACGAGAUAGCUGGUUUGAGAUCAACAUUUGUGCCCAGUCACUACAGUGCCGCUAGACCUGGGCCCCGUCACCACAUCUGGCCCCUUCUCCCGGUACUACAGUCAGCCUCUCGGCACUGUGUGGGCUUCUCGCUGCGAGCAGAAAGACUGAACCUAAGUGAGCGAGGGGGCAGGAAUGAUAUCGGGAUGUUGGGGGUAAACUAAUCAGGGGAAAUAUCAGGGGGGGCAGAAAGCAUGCUCGUGGGGCUUUAUACACCGGAACUGCCUUGUGAAAAGCAACUUUUGUCCUUGGAUAUUCUUUCCGAAGCUGGGCUGCCUGUUGUAUCUUUUUCUCACACACGCAGCAACAUCAGGAUGUCGACAUCAAACGGAAUCCUCGAUUCACUCGUCGCUUUCCGCUACGAGAGUCUGUCCACUUUAGACUGUCGUGUUCUGGCCAGACUGGCUGUGACUGUGCUUGUUGCUCCCAUUGUCACUUUGCUUCUUUGGUUCACAUUUUCAUGGGCUACAUCUCCAUUGCGUGGGUAUCCAGGCCCCUUCCUCGCCGGUAUGUUUGCCCAUUCUCAGUCAGCCACCCUAUGCUCGGCAUGUGCUGAUCAUACUGUCACAAUCAGGAUACACAAACCUCUGGCGUCUUUACCAUGUGAGAACCGGCAAGUAUGAGUUGACCAUGAAGAGGCUUCACGACAAGUAUGGACCAGUGGUGCGCAUUGGUCCCAACUUACUGGAUCUCGAUUACCCCGAGUUAUCCAAAGUGUUGUAUGGCACUGAUGGAAAAUGGCGCAAGACCGAGUUCUACCACAACAACAGUGCCCUCGUCAAUGGGAAAAUUACCUACCAUAUGUUCAGCACCACCGAUCAGACUGAGCACGCUCAAAUGAAGCGUCCGAUUGUCAAGCAUUACUCUCUCGGCAGUGUACUGGCCCUCGAGUCACACAUGGACAACGUUCUCGGAGAGCUCAUGCAACAGCUCGACAAUCGUUUUGCCAAAUGCGGUCAGGGGACCUGUGAUUUUGGAGAAUGGGUUGCAUUCUAUGCCUGGGACCUCAUCACCUCGGUCACCUUCUCCAAAUCCUUCGGCUACAUGACCCAAGGUCACGACUUUGACAGCUCCAUCGCCACAGCCGACAAAUCCCUCGACUACUUCGUCUCCGUCGGCCAGAUCCCUUGGCUGGACUUCCUCCUCGACAAGAACCCCAUCCUCCGCAUCGGUCCCCCCAACCUCAGCAACGUCACCAACAUCGCCAUGACCUCUCUCAUCGCCCGCAUGCAAGGUCAAGACAAGAACUUCAACCCCAAGGUCCCCGACUACCUCCAACACUUUAUCGAUUCCAAGAAUACCCAUCCCGACACCGUCCACGACGGCAUGGUGUUUGGGUAUUUACUCGUCAACCUCAUCGCGGGAGCAGACACGACAGCCAUCACUAUCCGAGCCAUCUUUUACUACGUCUUGAAGAACCCAGCCGUCUACGCCCGUCUGGUAGGGGAGAUUCGUUCAGCGGGGAUUGAAAACUCCAACGCCUUUCCUUACUCUCAAGCUCGCCAGCUGCCCUACCUCGAGGCUGUGGUCAGGGAGGCGCUCCGUGUUCAUCCUGCUGUGGCUAUGCCGCUUGAGCGUUAUGUCCCUGCUGAGGGGUUCACCCUUCCCAACGGCAACUUUGUUCCUGGCGGGGUGGCCGUUGGUAUCAAUCCUUAUAUUGGCAACAGGAACAAGACUGUUUGGGGUUCUGAUGCGGACGAGUUUAGGCCUGAGAGGUGGUUGCGGGAUGUCAAAGGUGGGGAGACCGAUGAGGAGUAUAAAAAGAGAAUGCAAAAGUGGAAUGCCUGUGACUUGAGCUUUGGGGCUGGGUCGAGGAUUUGUUUGGGGAGGAACUUGGCGUUGGUGGAAACGUAUAAGCUUGUGGCCACGGUUUUGAAUAGGUAUGAGGUUACGCUGGCGGAUCGGGAGAGGGAGUGGGAGACGGUGAAUAGUUGGUUUUGGAGGCAGAAGGGGGUGGAGGUUAGACUCAGGGGUAGGGUUUAGAUUGCAUUUGGUUGAUGUUGGAUUUAUGGAGGGGGUAUGACACGAAGGAGACAUGUUUGUAAGGUAGAAUCUACGCACAUCCAUUGAGAACGACCAGC